GCCAGACAAACCAAGGCUGAAAUUCCAUGCCAGGAGCAAAGGCAACAUGGACCUCACGCUUCUCUGCCUGCUCCUACCAUUGGCGAUGGUAGCCAAGGGCCAGUAUGGUGACUACCGCUAUCAGUAUCAUGACUAUGGUGAUGACGGCUGGGUGAAUCUGAACCGACAAGGCUUCAGUUUUCAGUGCCCCCACGGGCAGGUGGUGGUGGCUGUGAGAAGCAUCUUCAGUAAGAAGGAGGGUUCCGAUAGGCAGUGGAACUAUGCCUGCCUGCCCACCCCCCAGAGUCUUGGGGAGCCGACAGAAUGCUGGUGGGAGGAGAUCAACAGGGCUGGAAUGGAAUGGUAUCAGACAUGCUCCAGCAAUGGCCUUGUGGCUGGGUUCCAGAGCCGCUACUUUGAAUCAGUCCUAGACCGAGAAUGGCAAUUUUACUGUUGCCGCUACAGAAAGAGGUGCCCAUACUCGUGUUGGUUGACAACUGAAUACCCAGGCCACUAUGGUGAGGAGAUAGACAUGAUCUCUUACAAUUAUGAAUACUACAUGCGGGGAGCGACCACCACUUUCUCUGCAGUGGAGAGGGAUCGUCAGUGGAAGUUCAUAAUGUGUCGGAUGACAGACUAUGACUGUGAAUUUGAAAAUGUUUAGAAUGUCACAUACCAAAGCUGGUUGGAGAGUCUGGGGAUUGGGGAGAGAACUAAAGCCAUCUCUAUUCAUCACCAGACCAGCAGGACCUCCUGCAGAAGGAGCCGGUCUUCUCUCUUUCCCUCCCUGAGUUAUUGACUGCCACAUCAGCCCAUUUGGCCUUUCUUCCUAGCACCACCAUUCUAAUUAAACCCAUAGGUUUCAUUAAAUCUCCUUUCUCAUUGUUGAUGCUUCGGUUAGAGACCAUCUUAUAUGUCUGUCAAUGGCUUCCUGUAUUAUAUCAUGUAUGUAUUACACCUGUUCCCUAUGCUACAAGAGAAUCUAGUUUUGUGAAGGGCCUAUCAUAGAUGUGCCAUUACUAGCAAACAACUAAUAUUAAGAAAUAUAUAAUAAGCUGAAGGCAGGGGCAGAGGGCUCUAGGUGGAGAAAGAUGAAGAACACAUCUAGUUGUUAUGUAUUUGAAUCAAACUUUUUUUGUCAUUCUACCUUAACCAGGAAUGUCUUCUUUCCAUGCAGCGCCACAUGGGGAGUAUUUGAAUUUUGUACUCUGGUAGUGAUGGGGUAGGAAGGAAAUCAAGGGGAGGUUCAAGGGUUUGAAGAGAGGAAGAGACCAUAGUUGGCUAAAAUAAUUUCCUGUCUUUAAGAGAGAGAUAUGAAUCAUUAUGCCUGCUGAUGAAAGUGGUGUGUGCAUUUGUGUAUGCUUGUUUGUGUGUAUGUGUAUGCAUGUGUGUGUAUUGAAAGGACAAAAAAGGGAGAAAAAAGAUAUAGUUGUUUAAGAUAAUGUACAGGGAAAAGAAAUAAAAGAGAGAGAACUCGACAAUUGUGAUCAGCUGAGAAUUCUGGGAUGAGAAGCAGGGGAGUUCUGACCACUACCACUGCCUGAGGUCACUCCACUGAGGUUCUGAUCUGGGAAGGUGGAAGGUAAGAUGUGAAUAGUCAACAGGACAUGAGAGGGGCACACAGUCAGGAGAUAUUCCUAUGACAGCUGCCUUACUAAAUUGUUUCCCUGGGAAACUCUUCUGUUAUUUGGAUGUAUCCAUAUACUCUCUGGUUAUGGUUGGGAAAUGGGCCUUCGGAACAGGACCCUCUCCCUCUUGAGUUUAGGAUCCUUUGACAAAAGAAAGGCAGUAGAUGUGGGAAACAUGUUAACAGUCCUCCACCUCCACCCCAACCCCACCCCAUGACACCUUCAGUCCCUAUCACUUGGCACAAGACCAUAAACAGAAUAAACAAACUACUAAAUAAAAAAUCCACUAUUU